CUGAAAACCGACUCCACUUUAGGGAUCUGAGCCAAGACAGGGAAACUCAGAGCUAAGGAGGAGCGAGAGGAGGAGGAGGCUGGCUUAGGACAGCUUACACACAAAGCUACAGAGAAAAAUAAAUCACAGAGUGAAAGGGGAUAGAUGAAAGAAUAAGGACAUUUAGGUAGAAUACAGAACGUGGGCACCCAGGACAAGGCAUGCCAUGUCCAACUUGUGGUCCACAAUGUGUGGAGGCAAAAAGAAAAAGUACCAGGCUGAACCAGAAGUGGUGGAGCAGAAGGUCCAAACCGUCACCAAGGACCCUGGUCUGAGGGCAUUCAGGAAGCUGGGUAUGUCUGUGUGGGCACUGUCUGGAAUGCCAGGGUGGGGAGGGCAUCCCUGUGCCAGUCUGUCUGUUUAUUAUGGUUGGGGGAGGUCAUGGAGGAUUAAGGGUCAUCUUGAAAUCUAAAGAGGGGUGGAAUGAUGACAAACAGAAUCCCAUCAUCACAUGUGGAAUAUUCAUUAAACCCACAGAAUGUCUUGCUAGAAUGUCUAGCAAUCAGAUACAAGGUUCUUAACCCUUGAUGUGCCAGGAAUUGCAAUCUAUCUCCAGCAGCCUACUCUGCCCACUCAAUUGUAAGUGUAGAUGUUGUUUUUGGGUCAAUUUUACAAACAUUUGGUACAAAACUUGACAAGUUAAUUAUGAGAGCAGGCAACUCCUUCAUAGCUAUUACACUAGGCUUAAUUGUGAAAUUAUAUAUAUUCAGUAGCACAAACAGUACUUACUGCACUCACACCCAAAGUGUCAUAACACCAAGUGAAUAUUCAUGUACUGCUACAUAUAUACCUGUGUAUAAGGUUGAGAAUGGCUGCACAAUGUCAUAUACUAUCUUCCACUUAGUAGUGUAUAAUUGCAAUGAUACACAGGCUUAUGACAGAAUGAUUUGUAUUUAUUUUUAUUUUGGUUUGGUUUUUUUUGAAGUGUAGUUGAACCUGGAACUGUAAGUAUAGAUGGUAAAAGUUAGACCUGCAAGGGACUUUAAAACUCUUGCUUGGAACAGAUUUUCACUGUGCUGGAACUGAUUACGUGAAAAGUAAAUAAAUCCUAAAAUAAAUAGCUGGUGGUCACAAAGACACAAUUUAAUUUACUGAUCAAUAGGUAGGUUUAGUAAACAAUCCAGAUUUAAAUACAAUAAACAUAGCUCUGUGGGAAACUCCUGUAUUGUUAGAGUUCUCCUAUUCCCAUACAUUUAUCUAUACUGUUAAUGGAUUGUAAUGUUUAUAUAAACUUAUUUUAGCACCCUCAGUUCUUGUUUGUGCACACCUUAGUGUGUUUGUUAUACUAAUCCACAUUGUACACCUCUGUGGCAUUUGUUGGCGCUAUACGUAUAAAUAAUGGCAAUAUUUAUAUAUCUUCCUUGUGUGUUUUAACACUGUAUGUAAGUGGUGGCCACUUAAUGGACCUUCUAAGUAGCUUCACCACCUACCUGUUGUUGUCUUGUCUUGCCAAGGUUUGUGGUAGUUGCAGUGUGGUCUAGUAUUUAAAUAUUGCUAUAGUGGAAGUGUGAUGUGAUGUGUCUUUGUCUGUGGAUAUAUUGAACAUUACACAGUUUACAUUUUUCUGUAUUGUUCUGUGUGGUUUCAAAGUAUUUAGUGGUAGUUGUGACCAGUUGAACAUCUUAUUCAGUCUGUCAUUUAAGUCAUCUCUGGUUGAUUGUGUCUGCUUGUUAGCCAGAAUAGCAAUAGACACAUCCCAAGAGCUAUAAAAUUCUUGAAUCAUGUCAAGGUUAUUCAAUAAAGUGUUCGUUUGGCUAUUCUGCUCAAAAAUAUGAAAUUCACUUUGAAUGCAAUUUAAAUUCCUGAACGUUCACAUUUUAUUGAAUAACCUGGAGCAUUAGCCUUUACCACUUCCACCGGAAUGCUGUACCUAGUGUCUACUACCCUUUCCGUCAAGUAACAUUUUUUUCAAAUUGCCUUUCACGCUUUCACUCUCCUUUACAAACGCUAUCCUUUUGUCCUUAUGCUUUUAGGUUAAAAAUGUAUUUUAUAUAAAUAUUUAUAAUGCAUUAAAAAAUUUCAAUAUAGAUAAUGCAUUAAAAAAUGUAAGUAUAAAAACAUUAUAAAUAAAGUUGCACAGAUGCAAAAUUUCCAAUUUUGGACAUAUUAGUGGGUCCAUCUGCAGUUGCAGGCAGGUCCCUCUCACCAGGAUGAGAUGCUCCAAUCAGGAGUGUCUCAUUCUGGAGACUGAUCUUAUUCCAUAAACCUCUGUCCAGAAGAGGUUUAUGGUAUACGUAGUUUGUCCCACUUAUUACUUGGAAUCAAUGGAACUACUAAGUGAAGUGAUAACACCUAUAGCGCACUUGCUGUUUGUUAACUCACAACCUGGGACACUGUUUAGUAAAAGGGGCUGUGUUUUGCUAUUGGCUGAGCAGCAGACUGCAUGCGCAGAGUCUGUAGCAUAUAUGCUGCAGGUAUAAUAGGUGUUCUGAGUACCUGAGUGACAGUCCCGGUGGGCUGUCUUAUAAUGGCACCAACUUUACCAAAUUGCUGCUGCUAUAAUUUUAAUAAUGAGUGAGCACAGUAUAUUCUAUGAUGCUUGGACUGACCCUUUAAAGGGGCUCUUCCAGCACCAUAACAAGACACCAUCUUAUCUUGGGCUGAAAGAGUCAGUUGAUGCUCUUAGCCUAUCAGUAGCUCUCCAUUGUGAAACAUGAGUGAAGAAGGUAUGUCAGCUGAUGCUCUCAGCCUUUUAGAAGUGCGCAGUCUGAGGCUUCCCGUUCGAAGCUUCGGACAUUGAGCGUAAGUCCAUGAGCUGAGCAGAGCAUACGGGAACGAAAGUGCGGGGGCCGAGGGAUUUUUCAUUGGCUUGCAGACUUUGGGGUUGAACCGCUCUUGGGAACCUUCGUUGCAAGAGGUCCUUGAAGUUGGCCUGUUCUACACAAAUGUAGAGACCUAUGGAAUAUAAUCACAGCUCUGCACUCCUAUUGAAAUUAAUUGGAUGACUAGGAUUGGCUGGCAGAUGGCAGAUACAUUCUACACAUUGCUAUCACACAGUAAUAAACCCUUACUAUAUAUUACAAAUACAACUUCUCCUUAUUGUCUAAUAACAAGGAUACAAAGAUCUAACACUUAGACACAGAUUUGUCGACAAAUGGAAAAUAUUUAUUCUACCACGAAUAAGAUCCCAAACUUCAGCACUCCUCACCACAACUCUGCCCUGACUUUAGGAGAUUCUCACUAGUGAGGCUCUCCUGGGCCAAUCCAAUGCUUCUCACAGAGAAGCAUUGGGAUUCCAUGGUGCAUGCGCUGAGGUCUCCAUUCUGAGCCAAUAGAAUGCUUCACAUAGAGACACAUUGGGGGAUAUUUAUCAAAGUGUAGGUGGAACCUCUAAUUUUCAAUGAAUUUCUGGUGCAAUUUACAAAAUUGGACGGAUUUUUAAAUAUGCUGUUUUUUACGUCUUUAAUCAUAAUUUUUUUUAAUAUACACCAUUUACCAGAAUUUUUCAGAACCUUUUCUGGUGAAAAGUGUUAAGUUUCACUUCCCUUUUUUUCUGCCACUCGAAAUUUGAGGGUCUUCUGAAAUAGAAAUGUUUGUGAAAAAAUGCAGAAUUUACUACAAAGACAAUUGUCAUCACGUUUAGAGCACUUUGAUAAAUAUAAUCAAAAUGAUGACAGAAUAUGAGCGUCACUUUUCAGAAACCUUCGAUAAAUAUCCCCAGUGAAUGCAGUGCUCCUCCAUGAGAAGCACUGCCUCCUGCUAUGAAUGAAUGAAUGCUCAAAGUGAGUACGGAAGACCACUUUUCUGGCUGUUUGACAGGUUGGAGGGUGCAACUUUUAAAAUUUAUAAAAAUUCAGAUAUUUCUUGAAAUCACCACUUUUAUCAAAUAAGAAAGAGGGGACAGCAAAUUAACCCCUAAAGCAGGCUUCCCCAAACUCCGGCCCUCCAGAUGUUGCUGAACUACAACUCCCAUGAUUCUAUGAAUUAAAUAGAUAGGCUGAGAGUCAUGGGAGUUGUAGUUCAGUAACAUCUGGAGGGCCGGAGUUUGGGGAAGCCUGCCCUAAAGCGUGUCUACAAGGCAGCUGAAGUUCUUUUGGAAUCUGGAGUGUUCCUUUUUUUAAUUUUUUUAAAUUCUUUAUUUUUGCAGUGCACAUAGAUAUCACAACGCACAUGUGGUACUCCAACGGCAAUCCACAUGGAGUGUCCCUUUUAAUCUGAAGUGUUCUAGUAACAUAACGUAUAUUCAAGCAUUUUUACCUUAUAAUUUAUCAUUUGUACAUUAAAUGUUAUUACUUGUAAUAUAGUAAUGUACUUCCCUUUAAAAAUGCUUUCAACAUCAACUUUUUAUAACACUGUAAUUUAUUUUGGGAUUCUGACUAUCACCCUUGCCUUUUAGUGUACAUAAUAAUUAGAGACUUACUGAGACCCCGUCCGGCUCCAAGGCUCCUUGGUAGGGUAAUUACUACGUCCACACCGUUUUGACAUGUGUCAUUUUGGCAGAUAUAUAGCAAAGGUAAAGGAAGAAAAAAAAAAGUCCACACACUCUUUUAGAAAUGGGAAAGUUAUUUUAAUGUUCUCCUGUUGUGCCAAAUUUCUAUAUAUUUUUUUUCGUUUAACAGUAAAUGGUCAUGACUUGAAAACCGAACUGCCAAAUGUUAGCUAGCAGUGUAGUUUUGGAAACCAUUUCCAAUUCAGUUAUGGCCACAGCAUGGCUAUUUCAUUCUAAAUAAUGCACACAAAACUGAUCUGUCCACAUCUUUAGGAAGAAAUGCCUUUAAACUAGGACUAGCCCAAAGGUAGACACCCAGGUAGCAACUUUAUCACAUUUGGAUGAUUAGGGCAUUCUUACCCGCACAUUAUAAGCAACAUAGCCACAUAGGCUGAAAACAUACUUGUGCCCAUCAAGUUUAGCUUUUCUCACAUCUGAUUUUGCUGUUGAUCCAAAAGAACAAACACGCAAAAAUCUUCCAUUCCAUUAAUUACUUUUGCAGCCCGCUUCUGAACAUUUUCUAGUGCCAUAAUAUACUUCUUUAGAACAGGUGCUCAAAAUUGCACAGCUUAAAGGACCACUAUAGGCACCCAGACCACUUCAGCUUAAUGAGGUGGUCUGGGUGCCUGGUCCAUCUAGGGUUAACCCUUUUUUCUAUAAACAUAGCAGUUUCUGAGAAACUGCUAUGUUUAUAAUAGGGUUAAUCCAGCCUCUCGUGGCUGUCUCAUUGACAUCCGCUAGAGGGCUUCAGCGUUUCACACUGUGAUAAUCACAGUGAGAAGACGCCAGCGUCCAUAGGAAAGCAUUGUGAAUGCUUUCCUAUGGACUGGCUGAAUGCGCCCGCGGCUCAUGCCGCGCAUGCGCAUUCAGCCGAAGAGGAGGAGAAGAGGGAGGAGGAUCGGAGGCGGAGAGCUCCCCGUCCGGCGCUGGAGUAAGAGGUAAGUUUAACCCCUUCCUCUCUAUCCAGCCCGGCGGGAGUGGGACCCUGAGGGUGGGGGCACCCUCAGGGCACUAUAGUGCCUGGAAAACGAGUAUGUUUUCCUGGCACUAUAGUGGUCCUUUAAUCAAUGUGUGGUUUUACCGUUGAUUUAUAAAGAGGCAUAAUGAUAUUUUCAUCCUGAGAAUGAAUGCACGACAAUACCUUACUGGCCUUAGCAACUGUUGAUUGACUGCACAUAUUUGCCUAGUUUGUUGUCUAUAACAAGUCCCACAUUCUUCUUGUGUAUUGUUAUCCCUAAUUCACUACCAUUUCGAGUGUAGGUUGCUUGUGCAUAACUUUGCCUUUUUCUACAUUAAGUUUAAUUUGCCAUUUGAGUGCCCAGUCCCCGAUCUAUCUAAAUCCUUCUGCAGCAAAGUUAUAUCCUGCUCACAUGUUUUGUGUCAUCUGCAAAUACUGACACAUGAAUUUCAAUGCCUAUUUCAAGAUCAUUUAUAAAUAUGUUAAAUACAAGUCGUCUCUGAACAGAACACUGAGGGACACAUAGCAUUUAUGUCUGUCAUGUAAAUAGACGCAGUGGGGUCAUAGUGUCAUUGUUACAUAAAGGGACAUCCCUAAACACCAUAACCACUACAGCAGGUGCCCUGGUAGCCUCCCAUUGUAAGGAGUCAAGUCAUUUUUGAAUGGUUUGAUAUCUUAACUGGGGUUAUCUGGGUUCUGCUCCACACCUCCACUACCAUCGCCAGAGAGCCAAAAGUUCCUAAGCAGAACUUCUGUUAGCUUUUCUGAGCUAAACCCUGGCUUAGCUCGUGUGCUGACAGUGAUCAAUGAGAUGGAGUAUGUAACGGAGCUCGCUGUACCCCGACUAGGUACCUCCGCUAAAGGAUCGCAUUCUAGCUGGAACAGGGACAAACCGCAGCACUUCUGCCCUCAGACACCGUGGCUUGACUGGGGCCCUGGAACCGCUCCCUCCUCGAGCCGAAUGGGAAACUUGCUGUAGCAACCCUCAGACACUGGACGACACUCAGUCCUGGGAGCUCUAGUCCUUACAAGGACUUUCCCUGUUGAAUCCUCCACACUGGAACAGUGAUUAAAGAAUAGCCCUUUCCCCUCCCAGUAACCAGACGACACAUAGUUCUGGGAGUACAAGCUGGAAUUCUAAUGGCAGCCACAACUCGCCUUAUAUGCAGGUCCUAAUGCAAGGGGCACUCACCCCUGGACCUGAGAGUAGACUACUGUAAAGGCAUACACACAAUAACAUUGGCUCUCAGGUCCAGGACACUUCCAUACAAAACAAGACAAUCCCUCCCCUGUGCCUGUGAGAUAAUUGGGAGAUAAGCACUGUACAAAACUCAGUUAUCUCCAAGCAUAAAAACCACACAUUUCCCAAACACCCCAAAAGCACCUUAAAAAUACAACAAAAAACCCCCCACAAAAGUGACAUCCCCUGAUAGCCCUGAUCUGGUUAACCAACAUAUCCACAAAUCACCCAGAUCGGUUCAGGGGUUCAGGAAGGCAUCAAACCCUUUUAUCUCAAACCGUAUAUUUCAAAAGUGUUCAAAACCAUCAGAAAGGUGUAAUUGUGAUUGCGCUGACAUUAAUGGGUCAUCAGCAGCCGUUAACAUGAAAAUAAUUACCAAAAGGUAGAUUGUGAUCAAGGACAUAAGGGCACCCAUUUUAUCAACUUUGAAUGCAUGAAAAGCUCAGUUAAUCUUAACAGAAAUAUGUAAUCAGACAUUGCUUUGUAAACAGUAAAAACAAAAAAACUGUUAUAUCAAGAUUUUCUCAAAAUUAGGUUGCAAACCAAGAUGAAGAAAAAAAAUCAAUUUGGGGUAAAUAUGAAUGGGUUACUCCCACCAGAAUGACCACAUCCGUGAUUUGAAGUGGUAAUGGUGCCUGGAGUCUUUUUGAAACACUGCACUUACAGAGUUUAAUCUCUUGCCGGAGGUAUAACGGCACCUUCAGCAGUGUUAUUGAAGCACGUCAACACUAACAUGAAUUCUGUGCAAAUUAUUUUUUUUUUGCACCUUGUGUGACAUUCAUUGGUUGAUUCCCAUUUUACAGCGCAAUGGAAUGUGAUGGUGCCAUAGAAAUAAUAAAAUAAUAUUUGCUGUCGGCUGACAGUCUCAAUCAAUGAAUGGCAUAUGGAUCGGCUUCUGCAGCUCUGCAGAAGCCCGACGUUUGAGAGCCUAGAAGCAAAGAUCCUUGCAGCUUGAUGGGGACUCAGUAAGAAUACAAACCAGCGGGCUGUAUUGUUUAUGGUGCUUGGAGUUCCCCUUUAACUACAUACUAUAUUAGUAUAGGUAUAGCAGUAUUUCUCGUAAUUAAAGUUCUCAGUCCUACCUUUACAUAUUGACAUGUAUUAUGCUGCUGUUCUGUCUAAACGUUAGGGAAAGGGCAGGGAUGGGUGAAACGAGAACAUUAUCUAUGUGAAUAUACAAUUUCAAAGCUGCUAUCAAAUUGCAAAUAUGGAUACGGGCACACCUACACAGUGACAGGGCAUGUUUUGCAUGACAAAACUCUGCUGUGAUUUACAGCGUGCUUAUAGUUUGUGUUGAAAGAGAAUCAAUUGAAUAAAAAUGUGCCCCUAAUUUAUAAUGUAUUGUGGAGAUAUUUUCGUCCCCCCCAAAAUAAAUUAAAUAAAUAAAUGAAAGCAAAAAAAAAAAAAAAUAACGUUCCAGGUCCUUAGAUUGCACAGCUUAAAUAAAAAGUUUGCAUCUUCCUGCCUGAAAGAGGCUCCCCCAAGCAGAAGCCUUUAAUUUUGGUCUAUGAGGUCUGAUCUUAUCCCAUAAACGCCCAUCCAGUAAACAUUCCAUAUAUACUAUAUCAAAGCUCUAUCAUCGCUGGAUCACCAAGAUCAAUCACAGAAUGCAUGCCACAACUCUGUCAAUUCUGUCCUUGGACACAGGGAGCCUGAAAGUGGGGUUAUAAGCUAAUUUCAGAGCCGAGAGUGGGUGCGGGGUACUCUUUGCUCCACAAAAUUUGCAAUAAUGUAAAGUGGUUAUGGUACUUAGAAUCACCCUCUAAUUGCGUAAACAUCACUUUCAGCAGGUCAUAGUCAUGCUGAUAUCCUCUUUUUCUUUGGAAGUUUAAUUAAAAUACCCAUAUGAUAUUUAGGAAAGGAGCAAAAUGAUUGUAACAGUUUGUGGAAGUAACUAGCGUAAUAUUCUGUAUCAUGUGACCUGGAUGGAAACCCAUACUCUAAUAUAUAUAUAUAUAUAUUAUGGGUCAAUAGCAGAAACAGGCAUACUGUGUUGGAGACGCACAGUAUUCCAUCCUACAGCUUCUUUCUAUAUUACAUCAAGAGUAGUGGAAGUAACCGGGCUGUGGUGCAGACUCAUGCAGACUGCAGCUCCCAUCCACUGAAUGAGACAAGAGCGGGAAGAGUUGUGGAAAGGAGGAGACUUAUAUGCAGUUGUGAGAUCAUGUCUGUGUCACUUUGUAAGUGCAGAGGUGGACAGACAGGAAAGGUGACUUUUUACAUUGCAGACUUUAGAUGCUAUCGUACAGUCCAUCAUAAUGAGAAGAAGCAUAUUAGUGUCAUGUUAUGUUGUGGUAUGUCACACUACAGGUAUUUUUAGUCAUGACUGGUGUACAGGAUUUACUGAUAAAGGAUGCAGCCAUAAAAGGCAGGUGGAAGCUGUACAGAACCACACCAUUACCUUCCCCUACCAUCAUUCAGCAUCACUGUUCUUGUCAUGGUUUAGAAAGUUCAGGGAUUUCGUACCCCCUCACCUAGAUACACACUCCUUGCCACACACACAGAUAUACAAGCAUAAACGGUCAUACCCAUACCCACUGUUUUAGAAUGCACACUUACACAUUGCCAGAAACAAAUACACAAUGUCAGGAACACACACACAAUCACAUACACUGGUGCAUAAUGUUAGACACACACAGAUUCCUGCUGUCAGACACACAUGCUACACACAAAAAGAGACAAACUGUCAAUGACAUACAGCCAGAGACACACACAGUCAGGCAUUUACAAAUACAAAUCCCAACCUCUUUCCUCCACAGUAACCGGCCAUACAGGGUCCCCCUCCCGCCGGGCUCUGGGGAGAGGAAAGGGGUUAAACUUACCUUUAUUCCAGCGCUGGGUGGGGUGCUCUCCUCCUCCUCUCCGCCUCUGAUCCUCCUCUUCGGCUGAAUGCGCAUGCGCUGCGCGCGCAUUCAGUCGGUCUCAUAGGAAAGCAUUUACAAUGCUUUCCUAUGGACGCUUGCGUCUUCUCACUGUGAUUUUCACAGUGAGAAGCACGCAAGCGCCUCUAGCGGCUGUCAAUGAGACAGCCACUAGAGGAUUUGGAGGCUGGAUUAACCCAUUUAUAAACAUAGCAGUUUCUCUGAAACUGCUAUGUUUAUAAAAAAAAAGGGGUUAAUCCUAGAGGAACCUGGCACCCAGACCACUUCAUUAAGCUGAAGUGGUCUGGGUGCCUAGAGUGGUCCUUAAACUCCCCCUAGACAGUCCUAGCUCAAUUGCCAUGUCUUCAAGCUUGCAGCAUAGUGUGAGAGACACAUGUCAUACCCCUAGUCCCGCUACACAUCGUUGCCUCAGCUGCCAGUUAGAGAAUCUCUAUGGUAAUGCUGAGAGAAAGCGAUAUCUAUUAGUUGAACCUUAAAGGGGCACUAUCUGUGCCCCCUGAUGGUGCAUGGAACAUUAUCACUCAUGCGCAUUAUAUUUACAUAGACAUGCAAGAACACACCUAUUAUAUAUGCCAUUUGUGAUUGAUCGCUUAUGUUCAUAGUAUGACUUACACAUAUUGCCCAGGUAGGAAACCCAUAAACACACUUCCCAAGUGUCCCUGUUUAGGAGGGACAGUCCCUAUUUUCGGCACAAAUCCCUUGGUUCAUCUUUCUAUCCUAAUGUCUCUCAGUUCUAGGAGCUCCAUUUUGUAGGUGUGAGUGUACAACAGAGCUCCACAGCAAUAAUACUCCCAGUAAUGUGUCUUUAAACGACAAUAAAUGUGUUUAGAAACCAGUCUGUGUAAAUAAUGUUAUAACUCACAUUUUAGUUGUAUAAAUUAUUAAUCCGUCACCUAAAAUUUCUCAGAACAGCCUGGCCCCUGCCCACACCCCUAAAAUUAAAGUGUCGCUCCUUCUUCACUUGAAAUGUUGGGAGGUAUGCAUAAAGGAGAGAACAAAGUUCAGAAGGAAUGUGUCAAAGUCACGCAAAGUCACAAAGAUCGUCCAUAAAGGUUACUUUCAUGGAUACUUGUUAAACAAAUAACAAGAGAUGCACAUAUCGCGAGUCCUGUUUGAGUACUCUUGCACACAUAAAAGUGCCAAGCAAUGGCCUUGCUGAGCCACAAACAUGUUAAUGACAGAGUUGUUCUGAUUUUUUUUUGGUAUUUUCACUUAAAGGGACUCUCCAGUGCCAGGAAAACAAACAGUUUUCCUGGCACUGCAGGUCCCCUCUCCCUCACACCCCCAUCCUAAGUUGCUGAAGGGGUUAAACUUACCUGUAUCCAGCACCCACACUCCUCCCCCGCCGACGUCAUCCGGCGGGUGAGAUCUAUUGCGCAUGCGCGGCCGCUGGUGGGGGAGACCUAAUGUGCACACGCAUUAGACCUCCCCAUAGGAAAGCAUUGAAAAAUAAUUCAAAUGCUUUCCUAUGGGGAUUUCAGCGACGCUGGAGGUCUUCACAUAGCGUGAGGAUGUCCAGCUACGCUAUAGCAUACUUUUCAUGUGCUAUGAUCACGGAAGUGCCCUCUAGUGGCUGUCUAGUAGACAGCCACUAGAGGAGGAGUUAAACCUGCAAGGUAAAUAUUGCAGUUUAUGAAAACUGCAAUAUUUACACUUUCAGGGUUAAGAGUAGUGGAAGUUGGCACCCAGACCACUCCAAUGGGCAGAAGUGGUCUGGGUGCCUGGAGUGUCCCUUUAAGUCCCCAAUAUGAGACACAAUAAAUAAAUAAAUACACAAAAGAGCAGAACGAGUAUCCCAAAACGGCGCUGGAUCACUGGAUACAGGAAUUAUGGGAGGAGUGUGUAGAAUAUGGAAUGAUUCACCAAACCUUCCACAGAUUUCAAAAUUUCUAUAUCUAAAAUAAAAUAGCUGUGUUUGUAAGCAUUUUGUAAGUAUUUAUAACUUUUAUUUUAAAAUAUACACUUUAACCAACAAAAUAACUUUUUUUGUAAAUAAAUAAUUGAAUUAAUAAAAUAAAAUUCAGCUGGUGAUUUACCACCUUUAAUACAAGAAAAGGCCUGCAAAAACAAUGAAUAAAAAUAAGCAUAACGUGGAGAAAAACAAUUGAAGAACGUUUUUUUAUUUGUAUUUUCGGGAUACGUGACACAGUGCGGAGUGGAUAAAAAUGGCAAAUAUAUAAAAAUCCCCUUUGGCAAGUCUCAGACUGAAAAAUCAGCUGGAAGGAAUAUGUCAACUCAUAUCAUUCCGUGUAUAUUCUCAGAUAAUUAAAGCAUUGCUACAAGUGGAGUUGUCAAAAUCGGUUGGUACAGCUCUGUACAUAUUGCUCUGAAACUGUGUUAUAUUGUUAUGCUGCAUAUACUUUAACUGUAUUUUGGAAAUUUAGGAGCAAUGAGGCUGAGGUUUUGCCCAGGGCACCAUAUAACCUUGAUUCGGCCUAAGGAAAAUUUGCAAAAAAUGUUCCCUCAUGCCUCUACAAAAUGAAACCUAAUUUAGCACAAUUACUAGGGGUUUAUUUACUAAAUGGGAAAAUCUUUAAAAUCACAUUCUGACUUCAAAAUGUUGAGCCAGAAUUAUGGGGGUAGAAACACGUAGGCCUAAAUUUUGCAGCUUAAUUGCAAAUAUAGUGAAUGCACCUAUAUUAAAUUAUCAGGCUUGUUGUAACUUGUAAACUGCAACUCAUGGCACAAUUGCAGGUAAUCUCAUGAAAGAAAUUAAUUAUUUUAAAUUCAAGAUGACUAGCUUGCUAUGCAAACAGCUGUUUUGAUUCAAUGAAAUUGUAGGCUGAAUUGAGAUGCAUUGAUUCAAUGCAUCUCUACGAGGAGGUUCUGACGGGCCAAAAACGGCAUUUGACCCCACCCCGUGCCAUUUGAUGAUGUCACAAAGGGAGCAGAGACAGCGCCAGCAGACCCGUGCGGCAAUGGAAAUAAGGUGAGUUUUAAACUUUUAUAGGGGGGCAAGCCACCUAAAUGGUGGGUUUAGCACUAUAGGGUCAGGAAUACAUGUUUGUGUUCCUGACCAUAUAGUGUUCCUAUGCAUGCAGAACACUGAUUAUAUAGUUUGCAGACACCCCUUCUACCUAUAAAAGAAAAGUCGGGUCACCUUAUACCAUCAAUUAUGAUCCAAACAUUUGGCAAGGUUUGUAGCUGAUAUAGUAUUCAUUGUUAUAAUAGUCAAACCAAUUUUAAGCCCGGAUAGCUUAGUGGAUAUUAUUAUAGUAUCCAAAGCAGUUGAAAGUUAACUAAUUACUUUCAACUAUUCACUUCCAUUCUUUUUCUAAAGGUGACGUCGUUUCCUUGUAGCAAUAAGGGAAAUGAAUUUGUACAGGAAGAGUUAAAAGCUGUUGUCAGAUAAAGGGAUAAAAAGAGCUUAGUGAGGGGUGAAGAUUAAAAGGAUUGAAGGCUACUGCAGCCGACACAACCUGGUACCUGAAUGGAUCAUUUGUUCAGCUGAUGGCUUGAUGGAGUUGGAGAGAAUUUAGGGACUUUGCUGCAAGAAAAGAUUGUGUUUUUUAGGAUUACGUGAUGAACUAAUUGGAAGCCUUAUGUUUGGAUUGCACAGUGUGGUGUCAAUAGGAAUGGAACUCUUAUUGGAUAUACAACAGUUGUCUUUAGUUCUUGACGAUGGUGGUGUAUAAUACUUUAACUAUACAGUAUCUGUAAUCAAAAUUAGCAUAGGAUUUUAUAGUGGAAGUAUCCAUAAACCUGUUAUGUUAAUGCAUUUCAUAAUUCGUGAUAGUGGUGAAGAUAUGAAGAAAAAUGCUGGUCAGGGAAAAAAAACUGCCAUUGCUCAACGUGAUGGAGUGUGGUGGAGGGAAACACAGGCAGCCAUUUCUUUUUUUUAAAACAUUCUUUAUUUGUUAUUUUUCAGUGUGGAAAAAGGUAAACAUUAAGGUACAGAAUUGAAGGAGGGUGUGGGUGGUACAGCCAAAAUAGUACAGGUGCACAGUAAUUUCCACACAUGUGUCUUUGUGUCUCAAGGUGUUGUGAAGGAGUUGCUGUGUCGUGGUGUGGUCUGUUGGUUUGGCGUUUGCCGUGCGAUAGUGUGGGGUUCAGGGAACUCUGUCUUGGUCUCUUUCCCUUUGCACGGUUCGUUUGGUCAAACCUGUGUUGGUGGCCGUUUGAGGUUUACGGUUUGUCUCGGUAACGCUUGUUGUGGUAGGGUGGGUUGCCCUCUGUCUGUUUUUAUUGUCAUCGUUGCGUAUUGUUGGGUACCCAUGGGUCCGGAUGGUCGGUUGGGGGGGGGGUUGAGGGCCUAUGUACAAGGGUGGGGGUACCAUGGCGGGAUUCAGUUUCGGGUGUCUGGUAGUCAUCCAGUAGUUCGGGUUGGGGUAGUGUUUCGUACUUUGAGUAUCAGUGCAUUGGUAUUUUGAUUGCUAUGUUGGUAUAGCGGGCCUAUUUGGAGAGAUGGAGGCUGUCCGUGAGCCCUUAUUGUAGGUGGGGUUCAGAUAGCCAGGGGUCCCAGAUUCUGUGGAAGUGCUUGGAGCUCUCAUGAAUAAUGGCUGAGAUCCUUUCCAUGUGUAUUGCUUCCCUGGUUUUGCGUAUGAUUGUUUGUAGUGUGGGGGUGUUUGGUGUUCCCCAUACUUCGGCUAUUGCCCGUCUAGUCGCUAGGGCUAUCCUGUUUGUCAUUUUGUUUUGGGCUCUGGUCAGGUCCUCUCUUGGUCUGGAAAGGAGCCAUGUCCAGGGGUCUAAUGGUAUGGUGGUCUGGAGGAGUGUUGAGACUAGGGUAGCCACUUCUGCCCACAGUGGGGCCAAUUUAGUGCAAUGCCACCAUGCGUGUAUGUAUGUGCCCCUCUGCCCACAAUUUUUCCAGCAUAGGUCCGCGUCUGCCUUGCCCAUGUGGUACAGCCGUACCGGGGUUAGGUACCAUCGGAGCAGUGUUUUGUACGCUUGCUCCUUGUGGUUGACGCAUAUGGAUAUGGAGGCUGUUGCCUCCCAGAUGUCUUGCCAGUUGGUGGGGUUGCCCGGGGGCCCCAGGUCCCUCUCCCAAGCCGCCACAUAUGCCAAUGCCCCCUUGGGCAGGCAGCCAUUUCUUGACAUGGUGGAGAGUGGUACCAAUGCGAAGGGGGACAGCAUUUUUCUACUAUGAAAUCCAUCGAGGCAUAACCAAACAGGAGCUGGCACAGACUCCCCACAUAAUGACUAAGACCUCAUGGUGAGGUCUAUACGUUGUGUGUUCACUUAGUGAUCCAUUAAACACUACCUUGAUUUGAACUCAUGAGUGCCUGGACAUAUUAUGGAUAUAACAUUAUGGAGGAAUGUGGCACAAAAAGACAGCUAUCUCUUGAUAUGGUGGAGAGCGGUGGGACACAAAGCCUACAAUUUCAAGACAUGGAGGGUGGCCCACCACCUUUCCAUAGACACAAAGCCUAUUUCUAUCAUUUUCAUGUAGCUUCUAUUCCAUCCAUAUACUGCAUAUUGCCCCAUUAAUAAUUUGCAGCCACCACACUUUGCUUCCACUGUCUACAGUUUUAGUGACUGAGGUUUACCCUUGUCUGGCAUAAGUAAUUCCAUGUGUUGACAGGAAUAAAUUAUUGAGACCCAAAUAUUGGAGAACAGGUCAGUCCCCUUGAGAUCUCCUUUUCUUAUUCCUCCAUGGGAAAACCAAUUGCGGUCUUAGGAUAUUAAACCAGAUGGACUCCCCAACUUAAAGGAUGGACAGUAUGAGAAAGAUGAAAAUCGGGGACGGAGUGAAAGUGGGCAAAGCUUCAAACUAUAUCCCCAUACCGGAGAUAUUUUCUGUCACAUUCUUCUGACUUGAGUGGAAACCAAAAUUUCCCAGGUAUGCUUGUCGAUAGGAAAUCCCCUAGGUCUCAAACCAUCAGCUGUCACUGUUCUGUCACCGUCACUUAUUCUGCAGCCAUUAACAGACUGCACAUUCCAGGUGGGGGCUAAUCAGCGAAACCUUUUAUUACUUAAAAGGUCACAAAGAGAAAGCAUAACUCCCAAAAAGUAUGAAAGUUCUGAAGGCAACGUUGAUUUAUAUUUUGAGCCAUAAAAAAACACAACACAGACAUUUUACCCUAAAUAGACCCUCUUGCCAAGAUUAAAUUAUAUACGACUGGUGCAAAAUAUUAGAGGUGAUUACGAUCAUGGAAAGAACAUUAUGUGACCAUCGUCAGACCUUCCUACAAAUGGUCUUUUAUUUUUACAUGCAGGUUAAUUUUGUUUUGUUUUUAGAAUCAAGGAUGCACCCUCCCCAGCUAGUGUGAAAUGUGUUAACAGUCACCAGAUUUUUGUAAACACUAUUUGGAACAUCUUUUCAUUUACUAUGUAUGUACUUCCCAUCAGAAAUUUAUAUUCAUUGGAUUUCACACAAAAAACAAAAAAUAUAUUAUUUUUUUUUAAAUUAAAAUGUCUGGCAUCCGUAAAGAUAUGAGACAUAGGGUCAGCAUAAAUAUACUAUGCCACAAGCAAUAUUAAUUCAACUUGAAUUUUUUUUGUGUGCAUUGCAAAACAGCAGCUUCAGGGCUGUGGGUACUCACCAGCCAUAACAUCUUUUGAAGACGGUUUAGAAAAAUAUAUGACGAAUAUUCAGCUUUUAACAGUGCGUGUUGGCUAUAGAUAACGGCUCUGUACAGAGGAAAGAGAGAUUUUUUGUCCCAUUAUUUGUAUAUUCAGUAGUCAUAAAUGUGAUCACAAAAUAACAUCAUGUUGGGGCUGAAACACCAUAUAUGAAAACUGUGUCUGCAUGAUCCUUUUGCCUUAAGGUUGGAACUGGUAACACAUCUUGAGAGUUGCUUGCUCCAGCUAAGGAUCAACCAUUUGGUUACGUAUAUUCUAGGUAUAGAACACAUCUAUAAUGCUUAAAGGGACACUAUAGUCACCCAGACCACUUCAGCUCAUUGAAUGGGUCUAGGUGCAAUAUUCCUGUCACCUGUUAGUCCUGCAGUGUUGAGAAACUGCAAUGAUCACCUUGCAGGACUAAGACAAGCAGACAGCCACUAGAGGCACUUCUUGGAUGUUAACGGACUCCAGGUCUCCUAAAUUACGCUGGGCAUCCUGGCGCUUUCUAUGAGGACAUCCAGCAUCAGUGAAGCAUUGUUUCAAAGCUUUUGUAUAGGUGGGGCGCACUAAUGUGCUUGUGUUGCUCACUGUUCAUGCACAUUAGUCCUCCCCCUCAGGUCAGAUCACAUCGGAGGAGGCGAAGCGUUGACCCAGCGCCGAGGGACCCACAGGAUGGAGCGAGACAUGAUGUCCCAGAUGUGCUCAAUUGGAUUCAGGUCUGGGGAACGGGCGGGCCAGUCCAUAGCAUCAAUGCCUUCGUCCUGCAGGAACUGCUGACACACUCCAGCCACAUGAGGUCUAGCAUUGUUUUGCAUUAGGAGGAACCCAGGGCCAACCGCACCAGCAUAUGGUCUCGCAAGGGGUCUGAGGAUCUCAUCUCGGUACCUAAUGGCAGUCAGGCUACCUCUGUGCGGCUCCCCAAAGAAAUGCCAUCCCACACCCAUAGGCGUGCGCAGCCUAUUGUAUUAGAGUGUGCACCCUAAAGCAGAAACACACACGCCAUGUGUAUAUAUAUAUAUAUAUAUAUAUAUAUAUAUAUAUAUAUAUAUAUAUAUAUACACACACACACACAUACAUACUGCUGUGUGUGUGUGAGGGUGAUGUGUGUAGGUGCUGUGUGUGUGUGUGUGUGGGCGCUCUGUGUGUGUGCAGGUGCUGUGUGUGUGAAGGUGCUGUGUGUGUGUGUGUAUGAGAGCGCUGUGUGUGUAAGGGUGCUGUUAGUGUGUGCUGUGUGUGUAUGUGUGAGGGUGCUGUGUGUGUAAGGGUGCUGUGUGUGCAGGUGCUGUGUGUGUGUGUGCAGGUGCUGUGUGUGUGAAGGCGCUGUGUGUGUGUGUGUGUGAAGGUGCUGUGUGUGUGUGUAUGAGAGCUCUGUGUGUGUAAGGGUGCUGUUAGUGUGUGCUGUGUGAGGGUGCUGUGUGUGUAAGGGUGCUGUUAGUGUUAUUGUAUUAGAGUGUGCACCCUAAAGCAGAAACACACACGCCAUGUAUAUAUAUAUAUAUAUAUAUAUAUAUAUACACACACACAUACAUACUGCUGUGUGUGUGUGAGGGUGAUGUGUGUAGGUGCUGUGUGUGUGUGUGUGGGCGCUCUGUGUGUGUGCAGGUGCUGUGUGUGUGAAGGCGCUCUGUGUGUGUGUAUGAGAGCGCUGUGUGUGUAAGGGUGCUGUUAGUGUGUGGUGUGUGUGUGUAUGUGUGAGGGUGCUGUGUGUGUAAGGGUGCUGUUAGUGUGUGCUGUGUGUGUGGGGUGCUGUGUGUAAGGGUGCUGUGUGUGUAAGGGGGAUGUUAGUGUGUGCUGUGUGUGUGUAAGGGUGCUGUGUGUGUGAGGGUGCUGUGUGUAAGGGUGCUGUUAGUGUGUGUAUGUGUAAGGGUGCUGUGUGUGUGAGGGUGUUAGGGUGCUGUUAGUGUGUGCUGUGUGUGUGUAGAGGUGCUGUUAGUGUGUGUAUGUGUAAGGGUGCUGUGUGUGUAAGGGUGCUGUUAGUGUGUGCUGUGUGCGGUGUGUGUGUGUAAGGGUGUUGUUAGUGUGAGGGUGCUGUUAGUGUGUGUGUGUAAGGGUAUUGUUAAUGUGAGGGUGCUGUGUGUGUAAGGGUGUUGUUAGUGUGAAGGUGCUGUUAGUGUGUUUGGGUGUUGUUAGUGUAAGGGUGAUGUGUGUGCUGUUUGUGUGUGUGUGCUGUUUGUGGGUAAUGUGUGGGGUGUGGGGGCCGUUUAGUUAAUAUCCCUCCUCCCUUCUUACCUUAUGUAGGGAGGGGGGACCGUGCUGCUGCCAUCCCUGGUGGUCCAGUGGAGAGUGAACUCUAGCCCCGACUGCGCGAGAGGAAGUUGGCGGGGCUGCUGGCAAGAGCUCCCCGGGUCCUCUCCUGUCUCCCUCCAUGCCUGUGGGCUGAUGAGGGAGAUCUUUUAUCUCCAUCACCUGCUUACAGAGGGAGGCACAUAGCGCGUGCCGCGGGGAUUAGGGUGUGCCUAGGCACACCCAGCACACCCCGUGCGCACGCCUAUGCCCACACCAUUACUGACCCACUGCCAAACCGGUCAUGCUGGAGGAUGUUGCAGGCAGCAGAACAUUUUCCACGGUGUCUCCAGACUCUGUCACGUCUGUCACAUGUGCUCAGUGUGAACCUGCUUUCAUCUGUGAAGAGCACAGGGCGCCAGUGACGAAUUUGCCAAUCUUGGUGUUGCCAAACAUUCUGCACGGUGUAGGGCUGUAAGCACAAACCCCACCUGUGGUUGUCGGGCCCUCAUACCACCCUCAUGGAGUCUGUUUCUGACCAUGCACAUUUGUGGCCUGCUGGAGGUCAUUUUGCAGGGCUCUGGCAGUGCUCCUCCUGUUCCUCCUUGCACAAAGGCGGAGGUAGCGGUCCUGCUGCUGGGUUCUUGCCCUCCUACGGCCUCCUCGAUGUCUCCUGAUGUACUGGCCUAUCUCCUGGUAGCGCCUCCAUGCUCUGGACACUACGCUGACUGACACAGCAAACCUUCUUGCCACAGCUCGCAUUGAUGUGCCAUCCUGAUGAGCUGCACUACCUUAGCCACUUGUGUGGGUUGUAGACUCCGUCUCAUGCUACCACUAGAGUGAAAGCACCGCCAGCAUUCAAAAGUGAAUAAAAACAUCAGCCAGGAAGCAUAGUACCUGAGAAGUGGUCUGUGAUCACCACCUGCAGAACCACUCCUUUAUUGGGGGUGUCUUUCUAAUUGUCUAUAAUUUCCACCUGUUGUGUAUCCCAUUUGCACAAUAGUCACUCAGUGUUGCUUCCUAAGUGGACAGUUUGAUUUCACUGAAGUGUGAUUGACUUGGAGUUACAUUGUGUUGUUUAAGUGUUCCCUUUAUUUUUUUGAGCAGUGUAUAUAUGUACAUUAGGAAUAUAUGGCCUGGGCCCCAUGCACGUGUAACGGCUGGAUCCCCUUAUGGCAAGCCUGGUGCCAGGACUGAGCUAGAUUGUGACAUCAAUUACUUAAUCAUUAAUAAACUUUUAAAUGACAACAGAUCAUCACACGUAAAAAGGUUAACACUAGUGUUAGGUGAUUUUGCAAUGUUUUAUUCAGUUGUGUAAUUUCCCAAGAAGUGAGGGUUGUCGGUUUAACUUGUCUCAGCAAUGUUUUAAAUAUUUUUCAAUCAUUCUCCCAGAUUCUCUUCCCCGGAUCCUUUUGUGGUUAUCCAGGUGUCUCCCGCAUAACUUUCAGUUAUCUCUUUGUAAAUAUUUUGUCAUUAAACAGACGCUUUGUGGUCUAAAGACUGAGUCACUGCAUUGGAUGCUUCCUGGCCUUUUCUGAAGAGGGGAGAUGGAAGAUUUUGUUAUUUCUUAAAUUAGAGAAUUUUUGGGCUGCAUAAAGCGGAACUUUCAUCAUCUGGGGAUUUUGGGAUAUUCACAAAGACCCCGCAUGGUGGCAUUGCCAGUGGGGGUUCGGUAGCUGGAGGGAGCAGUUAAAAGUGAGAUUUACUUACCAGAACCUGUCCCUUACAGGCAUCACCAUAUUCUUCCAUCAGCUCCUCUUCAGCAGCCGAUGUCACUGCAUACUAUUGCUCAUCUAUGGAAGAGGGGGGUGACAAUGCCGCCCUAAAAGAAAAAAGUUUCUAAGUUUUGCUAUAUCAGUGUUAUUAUUAUUACCCAAUGGAAUUUUAUGGACAUCAGAAAUAUUAAAGGCUCAGUAUGUUCAUCAAUUUUAACGUGUAGCUGUCAUAGUACACACAUCCUGGUAAAAAAAAAAAAAAAAAUGACAUAAACUUAUAUUUAUACAUUGUGGCUGCAGAAUUACUUGCAAAUGUAUAGAUGAGCAAGAAAUUAAAAGGUAUGGUCCUUUCACCACCUGUCAAUGAGUUGUUUGUACAUAGUCCUCGUAGACCUCUAUGUCAAGGAUUGAGUGAUAAUGCAGGACAAGAGAACCCUCCUACAGGUGGUUCUCCUGCUCUCCAACACAGCAGUGGGUGAAUAUUGGAACAGAGUGACUGAUGUAACUCUGUUUAGACACUGCUGCUCUGGCUAUAAAGACAAUGCAUUGGCGUCACGGGGGAUGAUUGCUCUGCCCGGGGAAGUGCUCCCCAGCAGCGUCACAUUAGAGGGGUAGGAUGUAGAUGGUAGCAGAGAGUGACCGCUGAAUGUGCCACCACCAGCAUCGCUGGAAGAGAGUCAAGGAUUACUUACAUUUUUUUUUCUUGUAAUUUAAGUAUUUAUCAUUAUGAUAAAUGAUAAAUUCAGUGCAUUAAAGGAACACCCAGGGCACCAUAACAAAAUAAUUGUUGUAGUGCCAGGAGGUCCCUGGCACUGGCUUAUCUUAUCGGGUUAAAACGUUUAAGAAUGGUUUAACCCCAAAGUCUGUGUUCCAGCACCAAAUCUCCUUGCCUCUCUGUUCCGUUUUCUUAAAAUCUUUAAACCUGUAAGUUCAUGCAGAAUCAGGCAGCUCUUAGCCUAUCAUUGACUCCCUAUUUAGAAAAACUAGCUUGAAAAAGAUAAGUUUCUUUUAAAGAAUUAAAAAAACAAAAAACGGAAGGACCUCCAGGCACCAUAACAAGUUAAUUUUGAUGAAGUUGUUAUGGUGCCCAAACCGGUCCUUUAAGAAAUUUUUGCACAUUUCAUCUUUGCUUACCCUUAUGACAAAUUAGAUUUUUUGUGACUUUAAAAAAUUUAUACAGUUUUGUGUUUUCCACUCAUCGAUCUGUAAAAUGAUAUUGUCCUCUGCAGCUCUGUCGGAUGACGAUGAUGUGAAGACCCUGCUUAAUGGCUCCAUGCUCUGGAAGAUAAAGGCAGGGUGGCGCCAGCAGAGACUUUACCGCCUGGAAUCUGACGGAAUGACGAUCUGGUACCAAAGCCGUAGAAAACGGGCACGUUCCAAACAGAUCUGUGAGUAUGAGUGGGAUGCCAUUAUAUGUAAUCACAGUUCAUUUUCUAGACUUAAUUCUCCUGCCAAAACUUUUCAGAAGCUAUCUGGAUUUUUGCAGUAAAUUUAAACACAUAAGUCAACAUUUAAGAUUCUUCUUUUUUUUUUUUUUUUUAUUCUUUUUUUUUCUCGUUGUGCAAUAUCCGACAAUGUAGCCUCCAUAGCCCCAACAGCUUAUGCAGGCACAAUAAUAACACUUUUGUACAUUUUCGUGGCAUUGAUUGCUUUAACUCAAAUUUUACAGAUAGUUAUAUUCGAACCAUUUAACAUGUUCAAUUGUAUGAUGCAAUAUAAAUGUACAUAUAAGUAUGCCACCUUAACAUAUGCCUAAGCUAUCUCUACAUAACAGUCGUCCUGUAAGUUGGGCUAAAGUAUGUUCUGCACAUUUUUGGGAUGUAUUAGGCUGGUUGGUCAUAGCGCAUAUAUUGUCUGUGCCGCUAGUGAGGGUUGUGGGCAGUAAUUUUACACUCGCACAGGCGAUUAGCUUAUGGACUCACGGCCCGUUGCGUGACAUUGAGUGUGUUAGAUUUGGCGUUAGUCUGGGUGUCCGUGGUUCGUCGUUGUGUAAUCGAGUCGUAUUUUGGAGUUUGGUUGUCUGUGUGACCCCAGGUCUUAGCUUGUUUUGUCUGCUGAUAGGGGUUUUUAAUAUGCCUUGGAGCUAGUAUUGUAACUAGGGUAAGUGCUCCGUGGGUUACUAUGCCCUUUAACCCCAGGGCAUUGGGGGGGGGGGGAGAGGUCUAAUCUAUGUACGGGGCAUUCGUCUCGUCUUUUCGGGGCGUGUUGGCCUUGGCAGACCGGUAAGGUUAGGUCUAGGCUGUAAGUAUUAUAAAAUAACCUGGUAUAACAACAAGAAUGCAAUCUAAACUAAUGACAUGUUAACUUAAAUCUGGGCAUAUAGUCGCCACCGGUUUCAAGGUACAGUCCCAGGGUAUUCAGCAGGAAUGUCCGUGGCAACCCUGGGUAUUCCCAGUGUGGCCAUUAGGGCUGGAGUGUCCCCCAAGGAGGAAAUCUUACAGUGGUUGUCGCCUUUGGUAACCCAUAGCGUUCUUGGAGUCGCCCAUCGGUAUGCGAUGUCUGCUGUUUGUAGGGUGGACGUGACUGGCUGCAGGCUCUUUCGCCACAAUAAGGUAUCUCUGCUUAAGUCCUGGAAAAAUGUAAGUUUGUGUGUUUCGAAGUCAUGCAGUGAUUUCCCUUUGACUGCUGUCAUCAGAGCAAUUUUGUCCGUGAGGGACUGGCAUCUCAGGAUAAUGUCUCGAGGGGCUGCUUGUGGUGCUAGUCGAGAUUUAGCGAUGCGAUAUACGCCAUCAAAUGUAACAUGUUUUGCUUGCUUAUUUGGAAGGAGAGAGGCCACCAAGCGCCUUAUGUAGUGGGGCAAUUCGUCCAGUGGUACCUCUUCAGCACCUCGUAUUUUGAUAUUCUUUCUUUUGCCCCUGUCCUCUAGUACAUAUAUUUGUCUAUUAACAUUAGCCUGUGCCUUUUGCAGCUGAGUGACUGUGUCUUUUAGGGAGGUGAGGUCCUGGCGCAGAUCUCUCACCUCUUGUUCUGCAGCGUGGGUGCGGGCCGACACCGCUUGUACUUCUGUUGCUAGUCCUUUUAGGUCAACCUGCCACAUAAGCAGGAGAUUUCGCUGGAGGCCAGUCAGCAUGAAAUGCAUAUCCUGUUUUGUGGCCGGAGUUAACUCUUCGGCAGGUUGCAUGUUCGCGCUGUCAGUGGCGACCUGGGCUGUGCUGUGUGUAGAGUCACCAUUCUCUGACCGCUCGGGUGAGUGGCGGUUCGACAUCCCAAGAAUAUUGCUGAACUGAAACAGUUCUGCAAAGAGUAAUGGUCAAGAAUUACUCCUGACCGUUGUGCACGUCUGAUCUGCAACUACAGGAAACGUUUGGUUGAAGUUAUUGCUGCCAAAGGAGGUUCAACCAGUUAUUAAAUCCAAGGAUUCACAUACUUUUUCCACCUGCACUGUGAAUGUUUACAUGGUGUGUUCAAUAAAAACAUGGCAACAUUUCAUUCUUUGUGUGUUAUUAGUUUAAGCAGACUGGCAUUGUCUAUUGUUGUGACUUAGAUGAUGAUUAGAUCACAUUUUAUGACCAAUUUGUGCAGAAAUCCAUAUCAUACCAAAGGGUUCACAUACUUUUUCUUGCAACUGUAUAUAUUAUAUAUAUACGUGUGUAAUUUAAUUAUAAGUGUAUUUUUAUAUUAAUAUAAGUACAUAUUAAUAUAAAAAUACACUUAGUAUGACAUUAUAUAUAUAUGUAUAUAUAUAUGAUAUAUAGACAUAUAUUAUAUAGAUAUAAUAUAUGUCCAUAUUUCACACACACACAUAUAUAUAUAUAUAUAUAUAUAUAUAUAUACAAAAAAUAUAUAUGAAUACCGCACUCAAUGUUGUAAAAUAAUCAACCGUAGAUAAAAAAGUACUGUAAUUGAAUUUAUUAUUUUCAAUUCCUAGAUGUCUAGGUAUAUAACUUAAUAUGUGAGAUUAUAAUUUAAUCAAAUGAAUAUAUUACAUCAUAUAGUCAAUCGCUAUUUACAAAAAUAACCUCCAUAGGUGUUAUAUAGAUAAAUAAUUGAUAUAUAAACACAGUUGUGAGGAUUCCUGUUUGCAAAUCUAAGGAAAACCUAUCCAUAUGGAUAAUAGUUGAAUCUGUGGUGUUCUAUGUACAUAGAAAAAAGAAAAAAGAAAAAAUGAAAAAAAUGAAAAAUGAAAGAAAUAUGAAAAAUAAUGAAAAAUUGAAAAAACAUAAAAGAGAAAAAAAUAAAAAUAAAAAGUGUACAGAUAGUAAAUGUCCUGAUGUACAAUAGUCCAGAGAAUAGUGCACUUUAUAUAGUAAAUAGGUGGAUCUCACCAAGUUGAAUAUCCAGAUGGAUUGUAGCCUUAGUAGCAACUGGAAAAAAUGAAGACUCUGUGAAGUGUCUAUUGAAGGAUUUUAAACUGCUGAAUUCCUGCUGUGCGCUGAAAAAAGGACUCAAUAAAGGUGUCAGAUGUGGUCCUCAUAUGUCUCCCUCAAAGUUGUUGCUGCUGUGUAUCAAAUCGGAGUUGUCCGCAAUGAAAGUGUCGUCACAGUACAUGGGCUGCGCGCUCGGGACAUCCACGUCCCUUCGAAGGCCCCUGCAAUCUGUUGGAAAAAUAAAAUCAUUUAUAUAUCCUAACUUUGGCGGCAAAAUCUUGCCGUGACCUGUAGUACUCCCCCACUUCCGGGUUUCGGCGGCUGUGUGCGUGCGUAUUUGCGUCAUCACAUUCAAAUGUAUCUUUAUUGUCCAUAUAAAACUGCACGCGAACAACGGGUGUAAAUGAACAGUCAAUGCUUGAUAGGAAAAAUCCGUAAUGAGGAGGACCCUAAAUUAAUAUUAUUAAUAACCAUAAUAUAUUUUUAUUAGACUGUGACAAACCAUGGAUAAUAAAUAGUUAAUUGUUUAACAAGAGAUAUAAUAAUCAAUAAGCUUAGAUAAGAAGUAGCCCCACCUGGGGGAAAAAGAGUCCGUCGCUCUGGAUCGCUGUCCUACGACCCAUCUGGGUCCGCCACCUGUGUUUACAGCAGGGUCCCUCACAUGCACAGCCCAGGAUCACUGAGAGUUAUUACAUGACCGGUGAGUUACAUGUGUAGAGCGUUGUAUGUAGAUAUAUGUAAAUAUAUUUUUUCUUUAUUUUUUCUAUGUUUUCAUUAUUUUUUCUAUGUUUUUCUAUUUUUCUAUUUUUUUCUAGAUUUUUUCUAUUUUUCCAGUUUUUUAUAAACUUUUUCUCCAUUUUUUUCUCCAUUUCUCCAAUUAUUUUUUCUAAUUUAAAUAUUUUUCCUAUUUAAAUAUAUUUUUUUCUAAUUUAAAAAUUGUCUCUUUAAAUCAUUUGAUACAAGAUGAAUCUUAUUAUCCAUAUACAUAGGUCUAUAGGUUCCUUUACAUUAGCAGCCAAGAUAUCUUAAUAUGAGCAUUUAUAUAUUGUCCCCAGUAGGAAUAUACCUUUCUAUGCUGUUUUUUACUUUGGCACUGUUUAGUCAGCAGUACUUUCAAGCAUUAUGAGGAUAUAGAUUUAUUAUAGAUAUAUCAUUCAAUUUAUUUAUGACUCUUUUUCCCCCAGGUGGGGCUACUUCUUAUCUAAGCUUAUUGAUUAUUAUAUCUCUUGUUAAACAAUUAACUAUUUAUUAUCCAUGGUUUGUCACAGUCUAAUAAAAAUAUAUUAUGGUUAUUAAUAAUAUUAAUUUAGGGUCCUCCUCAUUACGGAUUUUUCCUAUCAAGCAUUGACUGUUCAUUUACACCCGUUGUUCGCGUGCAGUUUUAUAUGGACAAUAAAGAUACAUUUGAAUGUGAUGACGCAAAUACGCACGCACACAGCCGCCGAAACCCGGAAGUGGGGGAGUACUACAGGUCACGGCAAGAUUUUGCCGCCAAAGUUAGGAUAUAUAAAUGAUUUUAUUUUUCCAACAGAUUGCAGGGGCCUUCGAAGGGACGUGGAUGUCCCGAGCGCGCAGCCCAUGUACUGUGACGACACUUUCAUUGCGGACAACUCCGAUUUGAUACACAGCAGCAACAACUUUGAGGGAGACAUAUGAGGACCACAUCUGACACCUUUAUUGAGUCCUUUUUUCAGCGCACAGCAGGAAUUCAGCAGUUUAAAAUCCUUCAAUAGACACUUCACAGAGUCUUCAUUUUUUCCAGUUGCUACUAAGGCUACAAUCCAUCUGGAUAUUCAACUUGGUGAGAUCCACCUAUUUAUUAUAUAAAGUGCACUAUUCUCUGGACUAUUGUACAUCAGGACAUUUACUAUCUGUACACUUUUUAUUUUUAUUUUUUUCUCUUUUAUAUUUUUUUCAAUUUUUCAUUAUUCUUCAUAUUUCUUUCAUUUUUCAUUUUUUUCAUUUUUUCUUUUUUCUUUUUUCUAUGUACAUAGAACACCACAGAUUCAACUAUUAUACAUAUGGAUAGGUUUUCCUUAGAUUUGCAAACAGGAAUCCUCACAACUGUGUUUAUAUAUCAAUUAUUUAUCUAUAUAACACCUAUGGAGGUUAUUUUUGUAAAUAGCGAUUGACUAUAUGAUGUAAUAUAUUCAUUUGAUUAAAUUAUAAUCUCACAUAUUAAGUUAUAUACCUAGACAUCUAGGAAUUGAAAAUAAUAAAUUCAAUUACAGUACUUUUUUAUCUACGGUUGAUUAUUUUACAACAUUGAGUGCGGUAUUCAUAUAUAUUUUUUGUAUGAUAUUUAUGGGGCUUUUUUAGGGAUAACCUCGAAUACCAGCACCACCUAUGUGAUUGAGUGCCAGCAUAAAUUAUCUUUUUGUAUAUAUAUAUACACAUAAAAAAAGUUUUAAUUAACAUAAACUUGUAAUUUUUUUAAUGAUUUUACACUAGCAGGGAGACUGCCUGUCAGUACAGACAGUCCCCCUGCAGGCAGACACAUGGACACCUAUUGUGACCAUGUGACCCCCAGGGGUCCUAAUACGCCAUGAGGAGACUGUCUGGACUGCAGUCUCCCCACACCGGGAGCACCGCCGAUCGCCGCCAGGGGAACAACGGCGAUCGGGUAAGUACAUAAAACCGUUAGGACGGUUUAGGACCGUAAGCUGUCGGCAAUGCAAAAAUGCCGAUGACGGUCCUGAACCGUCCUAGGUCUUUAAGGGGUUAAACUACAAUAAAUCUGUGUAAAUAAGACAGAUUGUUCUUGUUCCAUUUUUACAUUUUAGUUGCAUAAAUUAUUAUUAAUAAGUUACCUAACAUUUCUCAGAACAGCAUAGUCCGUGGCCACAUCCCCAUUCACACCCCUAAAAUUAGAGUGUACCUUUUGUUCCCUUUUAAAAUGCUGGGAGGUAUGCAUGCAGUGUUUUCAAUUUACAUAAGCAGCCAAAAACCGAGCAUUUACUUAGACCUUCAGCGAUUUUUACAAAGGUCUAACGUUGCCCAGUGUGUUGUGGUGGUGAUUAAUGUGAUCUUAAGAUUGUCUGCAAGGCUUGCCUACUUUUCAAAAUAUUCCCAAACUGUCCUAUUUUGCGAAUAUGUUAAAUAGAACCAACUUAAAAUGUUGCAAAUGUUUUAUACUCCUGAAUGACUGGUUGAGAGAUGUCUGAUUUAGACAUCCUGAUAUACAGUAACUGGAUUAAUUUAUGCUAGAAGUUAACUGUUUAUUUAAAAGUACACAAGGUCGUGAGGUGUAAAAAGGUGCACAAUGUCUGUAUUCUUCUACUCUUAGCGUCAAUGGACAUGCUUCUUUAGUUUAGCUUCUACAACCAUAUUUCCGUGCCACUUGGAAUAGCUGGAGAAAUUCCUGUAUUUUUUGUUUUUUAAUCCAAUCUCAAUUUUUUUUGUGGUAUCGGAAGAUUCUCAGUGUAGAUGUGUAUGGUCUUGGAGGGAAUGGAAAGGUUCCGUAGUUUUGGAUUGAAUGGAUAUGGUGAAUAGUUCAAUUAGCUGGGUGAAUAGGGAGAUUCUCCACGCAAAUAUGGUUUCACGAGAAUGGCUGAUUUUAUUCCACUUGCUGUUCACCAUUAUAAAUUCAUUCUCUAUCCUGUCAUGUGCCAUUUGUCUCUUUUUUUUCCCCUUCUGCUUUCUCCUUGUACAAUGUCUCCUCCUGUUCCCUCAUAAUUCCUGACUGUUCUUUCAUUAGUUUCCAUCCUUCACAUCGAGUCUAUCCGUGAAGGACGUCAGUCCGAGGGACUCCGUAGGAAUGGCCAACGCUUCCCAGAGAGUUCCUGUUUCAGUAUUGCUUUUAUGGGAAGAAGAAAGAACCUUGACCUGGCUGCAGCGACCGAAAAUGAGGCACGAAGUUGGGUACAGGGACUGAGGAAACUUAUACAGAGAGCCGAGGCAAUGAGCCAGCGAGAGAAAUUAGUACAAUAUCCUUUUUUUACUUCAUGCGCGAUGAAACUAGCAGCUUAACUUGCUGCAGGUGGCGAUUUAAGCAGAACAGAAUGAUCAUAAUGUGUGGAGCGAAAUAGAAUUCUGUACAAUUGCCUAACCUCUACACUAUAGAGUCUAUGGUAUUACAAAUGAAAUCUAUACUGUUAAAGCUGUGAACAUGCCAUACUUGUUCUGAGCAU